UCGGUGUGAGAAACGAGGGCAGUCUUGCGGCUGUGUAAUGCCUACCUGCCUGUGUGCCGUGUCCCUGCUGCAGGCUCCCGGUGCCACCAGGCAGGGUGGGAGCCCUCCCGAGACCCCGGGCUUACACAAUGGAGAGGAGCUGCCAGAGCUGAAGAGGAGGAUGGGAGAGAGGAAGACAGACAGCAGCAUGAUAAUAGACAUAGAGGAGUUAACCAUCUUUGUUUCACCCAGCUUCUGCAAGAUUUAAUUAAGUCUUUUCAAAAGCUUCUGUUGAACUCUCCUGCAUAUGGCUGGGGCUGCUGAACGAGUGUCAAGAGUUAGCUUAUAAAGAACAUGUACUUACUGCUAAACAAAAAUAAAGCUUAGAAUUGAGCCCUUUUGUACUCUAGUCUGAGAGACAUCUGCUCUCCACUGGAUUUUAUUUUAUUUAUAGAAAUACAAGGAUCCAUAUCCUUUCCUUUAAUUUUCAGAAAGUAUUCUGUGGGUUGGUUGGGGGUUUUUUUAAGGUUCUGCAACGAAUGAUGAAACAUGAGAGAUGACACACAGGAGGAUGCUGAUGGGAGAAACCGUAUCAUGUGUCAUUCUUUGACCUGGAGCAUUUUGUGGCAUUACAAAACUUCUGCUUUUCCCGUUUGUAGAUGAGAAUUAAUUCCUGCCUUUUUAGUUGUGUUUGUAUUCUUUUGUUGUUGUUGAUGAUGCCUAGUUUGCUGGGAUAGUAAAACAUGGAAAUUUUUUAUAUGCUUCUGUUGAUAUAGUUUCCAGCAGAUAGCAUGAGAAAUGCUUUAUAGCACAGUAUGGACAACACAGAAAUAAAUAAAUCCCCUUGAAAUCCCAAGUGACCAGCACAGAUCCACAAAGGUAACACUGCUGACCAUCUCCUCCUGAAAGGGCUGCCUCACGGUAGAACAUGAGCAGGUAAUGCACAAGGAGCACCACUGGGAAUCAUGUCAGACGAGUCAAUCUCAGGGAGUGAUCCGGACCUGGACCCGGACUUGGAGCAGGAGGAUAUGGAAGAGGAGGAGGAGGAAGAUGAGGAGGAGGCGAUGGAGGAGGACAACGAUGGGGAUGACGAGGAGGACCUACUUGAUGAGAGUGACCAACCCCAGGAAGCUGUGUUCAGCGGUGACCGUGUUGAACAUGCAGAGGAUGGAGAAUGGCAGCGCUCUACUUCAACUACCUCAUCUCAGAGUGAGCGGGCAGAGCGACUCUUGCAGAACCAGCACAAGAGCCUGGCCUCUGAGGACACCAAAAAGAAGAGGGCUCAGAAACCAUCUCACAUGCGGAGGAACAUACGAAAGCUGUUGCGUGAAGACCAACUGGAAGCCGUGACAAAAGCAGCCCAGCAGGAAGAGUUGGAGAGAAGGAAACGGCUAGAGCAGCAGCGGAAGGAUUAUCCAGCCACUAUACCAACCGUACCCCUAGAGUUUCUUCCUGAGGACAUCGUUUUCAGAACAGCAGAGGCUACCCAGCUCCCCCCUCAGGUCCUGGCUGAGGAAGUGAUCUGCCUAGAUAGUACCAGCAGUGGCAGUGAAGAUGAUGCUAAAGGAAAAAAUAGCAUUAAAGAUGAAGUGAUUGAGCUGAGUUCAGGAGAGGAUGAUGCCCUCCAAAUUGUGGACAGUAGUGACUCUGGCAAUGAAGCGGAGGAGGAUGGCAGUGAAGAGAGCAGUGGCUCUCAUGUGAAUGAUGCCUUAAAUCAGUCAGAUGCUCUGGGGCAAGUCAUUGUCAACAUCAAUCAUCCACCAAAUGAGGAGGACAUUUUCCUGGCUCCCCAGCUUGCACAUGCAGUAAAACCUCAUCAGAUUGGUGGAAUCCGAUUCCUGUAUGACAACUUGGUCGAGUCCUUGGAGAGAUUUAAAACCAGCAGUGGGUUUGGGUGUAUUUUAGCACAUAGCAUGGGCCUGGGCAAGACCAUACAGGUCAUCUCUUUCUUGGAUGUACUUUUCCGCCACACGGAAGCAAAGACUGUUCUUGCCAUUGUACCUGUGAAUACACUCCAAAACUGGCUAGCAGAAUUCAACAUGUGGCUCCCAGCACCUGAAAACCUUCCUGCUGAUUAUGACUCCAAAGAGGUUCAGCCUCGCACCUUCAAAGUCCACAUCCUGAAUGAUGAACACAAGACAACAGCUGCACGUGCAAAGGUGGUGAAUGACUGGGUGAUAGAAGGUGGUGUGCUGCUGAUGGGAUAUGAGAUGUACCGUCUCCUCUCACUGAAGAAGUCCUUUGCCACUGGCAGGAAGAAGAAAACAAAGAAACAAGCUGUCCCUGUCAUUAUUGACUUGGAUGAGGAAGACAGGCAGCAAGAGCUGCUGAAAGGGAUUGAGAAGGCUUUGUCUCGGCCUGGCCCAGAUGUGGUUAUUUGUGAUGAGGGGCACAGGAUAAAGAACUGCCAUGCCAGCACUUCACAGGCCCUGAAGAACAUCCGCUCCCGCCGGCGAGUAGUGCUGACUGGCUACCCGCUCCAGAACAACCUCAUUGAGUAUUGGUGCAUGGUAGACUUUGUCCGACCUGACUUUCUAGGCUCACGGCAGGAAUUCAGCAACAUGUUUGAGCGCCCCAUCCUGAACGGGCAGUGUAUUGACAGCACCCCUCAAGAUGUCCGUCUCAUGAGGUAUCGCAGUCAUGUCCUGCAUAGCCUGCUGGAAGGCUUUGUGCAGCGACGAGGCCACAAUGUGCUGAAGGUUCAGCUCCCAUCUAAGGAAGAACAUGUCAUUUUGGUACGUCUAUCAAAGAUCCAGCGGGCCCUUUAUACGGAGUUCAUGAACCGGUUCCGAGAUGCAGGCAACAGUGGCUGGCUGGGACUGAACCCACUCAAAGCUUUCUGUGUCUGUUGCAAGAUCUGGAACCAUCCAGAUGUGCUGUAUGAAGCUCUGCAAAAGGAGAAUCUGGCAAAUGAGCAGGAUUUGGAUGUGGAUGACCUUGGCACAGCAAGUACUAAUUCCCGUUGCCAGCCUCAGGGAGUUAAAGUCAAAACAGAAAGUAAUGCAUUGGCAUCGCCAGUUGGAGAAGCUACCAAUAGCAAGUUCCUUCAGAGCGUUGGUUUCAACCCUUUUCAGGAGAGAGCAAAUCAGGUCGUUACUUACGAGUGGGCCAAAGACAUCUUGUGUAAUUACCAGACGGGAGUCUUGGAGAACUCACCCAAGAUGGUGUUACUCUUCCACCUAAUUGAGGAAAGUGUGAAGCUUGGAGACAAGAUCUUGGUCUUCAGCCAGAGCUUGUCCACGUUAUCCGUCAUUGAAGAGUUUUUGGCAGAGAGAGCAAUGCCGAGUCCUGCAGGCUCAGAUGGAGGAGUUCACAACUGGGUCCGAAAUAUCAACUAUUACAGACUGGAUGGCAGCACCUCUGCCUCAGAAAGGGAACGACUGAUUAACCAGUUCAAUGACCCCAGCAAUACCUCUGUUUGGCUCUUCCUUUUGUCCACACGUGCUGGGUGUUUGGGUGUCAACCUCAUUGGAGCAAACAGAGUGGUGGUGUUUGAUGCUUCUUGGAACCCAUGCCAUGAUGCCCAGGCCGUGUGCCGAGUGUACCGCUAUGGGCAGAAGAAGCCAUGCCACAUUUACAGACUGGUUUCUGAUUACACCCUUGAAAAGAAGAUCUAUGACCGUCAGAUCUCCAAGCAGGGCAUGUCAGAUCGGGUGGUGGAUGAUCUGAACCCAGUGCUGAAUUUCACCCGCCGGGAGGUGGAGAACCUGCUUCAUUUUGUGGAAGAGGAAUCCGACCCUGCUCAGCUCUCCCUCAAUCCGAGCAAGAUGAAGGAGUCUGUUCUACAAUUAGCCUGUCUCAAGUAUCCUCACCUCAUCACCAAGGAGCCUUUUCAGCAUGAGUCACUGCUGAUCGACCGGAAGGAGCACAAGCUGACCAAGGCAGAGAAGAAAGCAGCCAAGAAGAGCUAUGAGGAGGAAAAGCGAGCAUCCGUCCCCUACACCCGGCCGUCCUACGCACAGUAUUACCCAGCCAGUGACCAGAGUCUGACGAGCAUCCCUGCCUUUAGCCAGAGGAACUGGCGACCAGCCCUCAAGGGUGAGGACAAGCCGGUGGCAAGUGUCCGCCCAGUUCAAUCCACCCCCAUACCUAUGAUGCCCCGGCAUGUCCCCAUGGGUGGUGCUGGAUCAACCUCAAGUUCCAACCCUGCUGUCAACUUCCCCAUCAACUAUCUACAGCGAGCUGGUGUCUUUGUGCAGAAGAUUGUCACCACCACAGAUAUUGUGAUUCCGGGUACAAAUACAUCCACUGAUGUACAAGCAAGAAUCAGUGCUGGUGAGAGCAUCCACAUCAUCCGAGGGACAAAAGGGACGUACAUCCGGACCAGCGAUGGGCGGAUUUUUGCUAUCCGGACCACUGGGAAGCCAAAGGGCAACGAAGACCGUCGGACAGCUGCCUCAGGCUCCCAGAGCUCCUCACUGGAGUCCACAAGCAAUGGCAGACACAGUGCCUCAUCACCGCAGCUCCCCAGCGCGGAGGAGCUCACUCGGCCCAUAUCCCCCGACAGCCCCGAGAUCAUCAGCGAACUGCAGCAGUACGCAGAGGCAGCAGCUGCCCGGGAGUCCCGGCACAGCUCUCCCAGCACCAACGCGGCACAAAGUCACCCUGCCCGCACGGACAACGCACCCGGCUUAGCAGCCCGAGGAGCCGAGCAGCGUGUGGGGAUUCACUGCAUGGCUCCCUCCGUGUCUUCAGCCCUGCCAGCCACCAGCCAGCACGUCGAUGCCCACUCGGUGUUGGACUUACGGGGCAACAAGCGCAAGUCGACCUCGCCAUCAGCUCCAGAGGAGCAAGCCCGCAGGCAGCAGAAGAAGCGCCAGUUGCCAUCAUCCGUGCAGCCGUACGAACACGGGUACCCCGUCUCUGGUGGGUUCGCCAUGCCUCCUGUCUCUUUAAACCACAACCUAACCCAUCCAUUUGCCUCCCAACCAGGAAACUCCUUGUACAUGGGCACUGGCUCCUCUUAUUACCAGCUGCCCAAUUUACUCCCAGACCCUCAUCUGGUGUUCCCUGUGACUACUGACCCUCUGCUGACAGCCGGCACCGCCAGCUCUUCUGCUGCUACCUCAGCCACCGCCAGCGUCCCCUCAUUCAUGCUAAACCCUUCUCUGACGGGGGUGCUGCCCAAUUACUCGCUUCCCUUCACGCAGUCACUCCUGCCCGAGCCCAGGAUGUUUGCUCCUUUCCCAGCCCCCGUCUUGCCUAGCAGCCUUCCCAGGAGCAUGGCAUCUGCCUACCCUGGCUACAUGUCCCCUCACUCGGGCUAUCCGGCCGGGGGCCUCCUUCGGUCCCAGGUGCCUCAGUUUGAACCCCAAGAGGUCCCAGAGGUGGGAUGCAGCUCUAAUGACGAGGACAAAGACGACGAUGUUAUAGAGAUCACAGGGAAAUAGUGGGCCCAGCUCCUGCUCAGUCUCAGCUCCGCCAGGAGGCAAAAGUUGCAGGACCUUUUUGGGAGUCAGGAUUUCCCCUCUGGGCCACAGCAGCGGGUGGAGAAGGAUGCGAAGGGUGUGGCGUGGGGGUUGUUUUGUUCUUUUCAUUUUGUUUUGUUGUUUUUUAGCUGUCAAGGAUCUGAAUUGUAUUAGGGGCUGGGAGAUGGGAGGGGGGAUAGAGUGGACCUGCAAGGACCCGGGGAGCAAGAGCCAGGGGAGGAGGGAAGCAGCAAUGCAAACCAUAUGAGUGCCUCCCUUCCACGCUCUGUCUGUCUGUCUGUCUCUGUUCUCUGUCUUGUCUGGAAGGGGGAGGCUUGGUGUUGCAAGUCAGUGCCCUUCUCAGGCCUGGAGGCCCAGGCUUGACCGCUGGCAGGGCCCAGCUCUCUCUCACAUGAACUGCCUUAUCUGUGAACUUCUCUCACUCUGGGAGGUAUGGGCCAGGGGGGCGACUCCAGCAGAGGUUGGGGACAAAGCGUUUUUACCAGGGAGGGAGCGGGGUGGGCUUCUACGUUGUGUAUGUUGGGGCAGGGGGGAAUUGAUGUAAAAGAGAAACAAAAAAAAGAAACAAAAAAAGAAACAAAACACCCCACAAACAAUUUGUCAUCCUCUUCAAAUUCACAUGAAACUAGAGCAAGGGCUCCAGGUGGGUUCCUGCCACAGCCAGGAGGGCAGGGCUCUGGUGGGGGGCUCCCCCAGGCCCUUCUGGAGGGUCCCGUCCAAGGCAGGUUGGUCCCGUGGUUCUGAUGCCAGCUCUGUGUGCCAGAUGAGUGGAGCAAGCCCAGACAUCUUGGUGGCUGUCAGAGGGGAAUCCUGGUGACUUCCCAGGCUCUGCAGCCCUGCCAGGCUGUGUGAAGGCCAUGUCUCGCCCCACCGUGGCCCACCAGAUCUGGGGGUAGGUGGGUACACUGCUGCUUCUGAACAGCGCCAGGCAGUGGAGGUUGGGAGGGGACACUGGACCCAGUGCCAGUUGCUGUUGAAGCUGUGAUUGGAGCGACUUCCCCCUGCACAGAAUCUCUACAUUAAUUUAUUUCAUGAAGGCAUAGUAUUUAUUGUUUGGGGGACUCUUUCUUUCUACUUUUAAAUUAAUUUCCGUAUUAAAAAAAUAAAAUGCUGGCCUCCAUCA